GCAUGUGAUGAUUGCUACAUGUGGGCAACAGUAGAUAUCUCUUCACAAGAACACAGCCACGCCAACCCCGUUGGAUAAAGCAGCUUCUCCAUCCCGAAUCAAAGAGCUGUCAUCUUCAGCAGCAGUGCAGUGUAAAGGCAAAGCAACCCCGGAGCUCACUUAUUCCUACUCUACAAUAGACUGAAAGAAAUUGUGUUGCAAGGACAUUCAGGCCAUGAAAACUAGACUUGGGUGCCUGUCUAACAAAUCUGACUCAUGCAGCGAUUUCUCAGAAUUCCUGCCUCCUGCACAAGAAAGGUCCACAAGAUACUUAAAGUUAUCCACUGAUGAAGUGACCAGAUGGGCAGAUUCCUUUGAUGCUCUACUGUCCAAUAAAUAUGGUUUGGCAGCCUUCAGAACCUUCCUCAAAACAGAGUUUAGUGAUGAAAACAUCAAGUUCUGGCUGGCUUGUGAGGACUACAAAAAGAUGAAAUCCCCUGCUAAGAUGAUGUCUAAGGCCAACAAGAUCUACAAGGAAUUUAUUGAGGUUCAUGCACCCAGGGAGGUUAACAUAGACCACAGGACCCGAGAGGAAACCAAACAGAGGCUUCUGGAGCCAACUUCCAACAGUCUCAAUGAAGUCCAAGCAAAAGUGCACAGCCUCAUGGAGAAAGAUUCGUAUCCUCGGUUUAUACGAUCAAAGAUGUAUCAGGACUUACUGAACAGAGCACAGACACACUGUCAGAGGAAAUCUGUUUAAACGUGAAUGUCUAUAAAAGACAGCUUUUUGCUUGCCUGGUGAAAAGACACUGAGAUAAAACAGACAUUAAUUGUAAUAUAUAGCAUAUGGUCUGUGUGUUUAUGAAGUAAUUAGAUCAGAGUAAUCCAAUGAGAAUUGUCAAAAUACAAACUAGGUUCUUGCUAGUUUCUAAUGUAUAAUAUGACCCUGUACUUUGCCUCUUUGCCCAGUUCUGUUUGUAACAUGUGGCUAGAAUGGUGAUAGAAUAGUCAAUGUUUCUUCUGAAUGCUUUCAAGCAUGUAAAUUCAGUCUUUACAUGGGUAAUAAGUAAUAGUAGAGUAUGAUAAUUUAUUUUACUUAUCUUUAAGUUAACUUGUAUACACAUUUAUACUGAUAUGUUUCACAACCCAAGAGAUGCCUAGUGUGUAAUUGCAUGCAGCCUUGGCCUGCUGUCAUGUCUCAAUAAUUAAAAUAUUAAUCUAAAAAACAAAAACAAAAAAAAUAGUAAAAAAAAAAUCAUCAGACACACAACACAAAUUUUUCAUCAUGUAAUAUUUAUGAUUGUUUAUUUUGUUGUUCAUUAAUUUAUUUAAGAUUACUUUUAUGUACAAAUGACAUGUUCUGCAGUAAUGAAUACUAGAUCAAGUAAACCAUGUCAGUCACACAGUGUUGGUUUGUCUGGUUCUUGUUUACAGCAUUUACAGAAUUUACAAUAGGUAGAUGGUGGAGACUCUGCUUGUUUAAUUCAUAUGAUAAGUAGGCUUGAAAAUGAAUAGCACCAGCUAAAUUUGGGUCACUAAUCUUUCCAGCAGAUACAGCAAUUUUUUAACAUCUCCACUACUGUCAUAAAGAAUAUUUUCUCCUGCUUUGCCUUACCAAGAGAUACUUAAGAAAUAUCACAUAUGCAGUCAUGCUGCUGUACAGAAUAUCAGUUCUAAAUACCAGCUAUUCGAUUAAACAGUAUACGACUGUGAGUGUAACAUUGCUUAUAUACUGUACAACAGUUCUAUGAA